CCUUAGGUGCAUGAAGCUUCUGUACACACAGAGACACGUAUGACCUCCAGGCUUUGAGGAUGACUCCUUUCUCUUGGGAACCUGAGCUGCUCCUUUUGGGUGUUACUGUGGUGUUAGGAGGAACAGCUCUGUACAAAUUCAAGAAGAGCCAGAACAAAACCAUGAGCUCCCCAGUGGUGAUCUGUCACUCGGCUCUGCUCUGCCUAUGGGGAGCCUAUUGCUUUUCCAGUUUAUCAAUCUUUUGGGGUUGGACUCUUUUCUCUAUGGUAUGUUGCUUCUCUUUGGCUUAUUCAUCCAGUCAAGAAAUGUUACCUGUGGAUGGGAAAGCUGUGUUGAUCACAGGUGGAGAUUCUGGGAUUGGUCAUGCCCUGACAAAAUACUUGGAUGAAUUGGGAUUCACCGUAUUUGUUGGUGUUCUGAAUGAAAAAGGACCUGGAGCUGAGGCAUUGAAGAAGAGCUGCUCCAAGAGAACCUCAGUUUUCCAAAUGGAUAUUACGAACCCAGCCCAGAUCAAAGAAGUUCAAGCUCAAAUUGCAGAAAAGGUGAAACACACAGGAUUGUGGGCUGUUAUCAACAACGCCGGGAUCUUGGGCACUCUAGCAGAUGGAGAACUCCUUCCCAUGAGCGUCUACAGACAGUGCAUGGAUGUGAACUUCUUUGGGGCUGUGGAAGUGACCAAGGCCUUUUUACCCCUCCUGCGGAAAUCUAAAGGAAGGUUUGUCAAUGUGAGCAGUAUGGCAGGAAUCGUUCCCAUGAAACUAUUUUCUGCAUAUUGUUCAUCCAAGGCAGCUCUGACUAUGUUUUCUGGGGUCAUGAGACUGGAACUUAAAAAAUGGGGCAUCAAAGUGAUAUUAAUUCAUCCUGCAGGUUUCAGAACAAACAUAGGAGGCACAACUGAAAGGUGGAUGAAGGAAGAAAAUGACAUCUUGGAAAAUGUGUCUCCUGAUGUACUAGAAGAUUAUGGUCGAGACUACUUGCGAUCUUCAACUUGGGCAACACACCAGGAAUUAAAUGAGUCUCCUACAGAUUUCUCCCCCUUAUUCAGAGAUGUACUGCAUGGCAUCCUGUGUAAGAAUCCAUCUGCUUUGUACACAGCUGGGGUAGUUUCCUACUUGUUUAUUUGCUUAAUUUCCUUUUUUCCUGUUUCAGUCUUUGAUUAUGUUGCACUUAAAAUUUUCUAUUCUAGCCCCCUGCCCAAGGCUUUGACAUGACCCAUAAAAGCUUACCUUUGUUCAGAAGGUUACUAGAUAUUCCUAGAAAUUGUCUUAUGGAAAAACAUUUUUUGGCUUCUCAUUAAAGUGACUUCUGUUCCA